AAUCAUAGAAUGACAGAAUAUCUCAAGUUGCAAGGGAGCUAUAAGGAUCAUCGAGUCCAACUGCCAAUGCUGAAUGCCAGCAUCCUAAAAGAGAAAGGAAAUAAUUUAUUUGCCUAAAUGUGGGUUUGGCCAUACCUGCUUUUCCUGUGGUGCCAGCUUCAAAUCCCAAUGAGUCAGACCAAAGUCGAUAUGCUGAUUUCUAGAGCUUUCCUUGUAGCAACUUCUGUUAUGACCCUAAAAUCUCAGGGUUUGUCUGCAGACACUCAGCAUAUAUGGCAUGUUCCAUGAGAGUAAGGCUUUGUUCCAGUAUCUUACAAGAUUUGUGUUUCCACUGCCCCUUUUGCUCUACUUUAUAUUGUGCUUCAUGCUCCCCCAGAUGUAGGUUCACUGAACGAUGACAAAGAUGUUUUACACUGCCUUGUUUUUAUCACUGAACCAUUUGUGAAUGAAUUUGGGUUCUCCAGUCUGUGUGAAGAAAUCCAUGGGACUGACUCCAUAUUGAAGUUUCUGCAUGUUGGGACCUGACUUUGGUCAGUCCUGUGUUAAAAUUGGGCAAGUUUUGUGUUAUCCCAAACUACUGAUUCUUCAAGUGCUCUGUGUUUCGCUUGUUGUGUUUAUAUAUUGAGGCCCAUGAAAUAGGAGGUGCCAACAGUGGCACAGCUAGUCUUUGUAGUGUAGUGGUGCAGAUCCCAGACCUGUUCUCCAUCCCCCCUUCUCCAAGCAAUAAGAAAACAGUUUUCUAGUUGCAAGGGAUGGACAUAGCCAUGCUGCAGCAUGAGGUUUCCUUGCACAGCCCGUGGAGACACUGUGCAUGAGGUCUGCAAGAGUCCUACCCUGAAAUUCGCAGCAGCCUGAACAUGUUGGAGAUCCAUAAACAUAGUAAGGGAAGUAAGUUAUUUUUUCAACCUGAAAGUAAUUUUCUCUUCUCUAGGAAAAGGUUUCUACCCACCCAGUAGCCCUGAUAAUGUGUAAGAAAAAUUACAUUGAAAACCACUUUCCUUCUGUUUAUUAACAGAUGAGAUGCGAACAGAAGCUCGUCGAAAAAAUCUCCUCAUUCUAAUUUUGCAUUAUUUAAUGGAGGAAGGGUAUGUUGAUGCUGCAAAUGCUUUGGAACAAGAGACGAAAUUAAGUUUACGUGGCUUUGAAGUUUGUGACAACAUUGAUCUUGAGACAAUUUUGAUGGAAUAUGAAAGCUAUUACUUUGUAAAAUUUCAAAAGUAUCCUAAAAUUACCAAAAAGGUCCUGGACACUGCAGAAAAUAAACAACAGCUGAGAACUGGAGGAAGACCAAGAAGGGCAGCAAGCUCUUCUCAGAAUCUCCCAAGGCUCAAGCAUCAGACAGUGCAACGACCGUUGUCAAAAACUUCACCUGGGAGUACAACAGAAUUUAAAUCAUCCAUCAAGGAGAACCCCAAACAGAAUAAUGACAACGCAGUUACUCUGGAGCAAACUGACUUUGGCUUAAGCAUCUCAGCAAUCAACAAAACUGGAGGAGACAGCACUCACUCAAGAAGGGGCCAAGUGAUUGACUUCCAUGGGAUGAUUCAGGAUGCUUGCAAAGUAUCAUCAAAUGGAAUAGCCUUGAACAGCCUUAAUUGUGAUCCAGAUCCUUCAGAACGGUUACUAAAACCCCUUAGUGCUUUUAUUGGCAUGACUGGUGAGAUGAGAGAACUUGCAACAGUUGUAAGCAAAGACAUUUAUCUCCAUAAUCCAAACGUGAAGUGGGAUGAUAUUAUUGGACUGGAUGCAGCUAAAAGGCUCGUCAAGGAAGCAGUUGUUUAUCCCAUAAGGUACCCACAGCUGUUUACUGGCAUUCUGUCUCCUUGGAAAGGAUUAUUGCUGUAUGGACCACCAGGUACUGGAAAAACUUUGCUUGCUAAGGCUGUUGCCACAGAGUGCAAUACAACCUUUUUCAACAUAUCAGCAUCCACCAUUGUCAGCAAAUGGAGGGGUGAUUCAGAAAAACUUGUCCGGGUGUUAUUUGAGCUUGCCCGGUACCAUGCUCCUUCCACAAUUUUCUUGGAUGAGCUGGAGUCAGUUAUGAGUCAAAGAGGCACUGCUUCUGGUGGUGAACAUGAAGGAAGUCGGCGGAUGAAAACAGAAUUACUGGUGCAGAUGGAUGGCUUGGCCCGAUCUGAUGAUCUUGUAUUUGUUUUAGCAGCUUCCAAUCUGCCAUGGGAGUUAGAUUCUGCCAUGCUGCGGCGGUUGGAGAAGAGGAUUUUGGUUGACCUCCCAAGUAAAGAGGCACGGCGGGUGAUGAUCCAGCACUGGCUGCCCCCUCUGAGCAAGAGCGGAGGCGUGGAGCUGAGAACGGAUCUGGACUACAGCUUGCUGGGCCAGGAAACAGAUGGGUACUCCGGCUCAGACAUAAAACUCGUGUGCAAGGAAGCAGCCAUGAGACCAGUGAGGAAAAUCUUCGAUGCUCUUGAAAAUCAUCAGCCAGGUAACAGUAACUUACCUGUGAUCCGAUUAGACACGAUCACAACAGCAGACUUCCUGGAUGUGAUCGCCCAUACCAAGCCAUCAGCAAAGAAUCUAAGCCAGAAGUACACUGCUUGGCAGAGAGAAUUUGAGUCAGUUUGACAAGAAAAAACCCCAAGGAUUGAAAAUUUCCAAGACCUUUGCUAUCCAAAAUGGCAUCACCUUGCCUCCAAAGGAUCAAACAGUGAUGGGAAGGGAAGUGCUGUUGUUUCCAGGAAAGAGAAUGCAGUGAGAAAUGUCAGGGGGAAAUCUUCACUUUCAAAAUUUAAUGGGGAUGGGGGCAGUGUUUGGGUAUUUUUUAUUAGCCAUUUUCAAUGACCACUCAAAAAACAUUCUUCGUGGAAAUAAUGUAAUGGCAGUUGCUAUGUAAUGAAGACUCCCGCCUUAAUUUUUUGUAUAAAGACUUAAGAGAUUG